AUGAACGAGACCGACCCCAAGAGCAUCAUCAACCGGAUCUGCGCGCAGAUGACCAGGAACUCGCUGCAGGGCGUGGUGUUCGGGGACGACACGGACCAGGAGGCCAUCGCCCAGAUACUGGACUUCAUCUCGGCUCAGACGCACAUCCCCAUCCUGGGAAUCAGAGGAGGGUCGUCCAUGGUCAUGGCUGCCAAGGACGACCAAUCCAUGUUUUUCCAGUUCGGGCCGUCCAUCGAGCAGCAGGCCUCCGUCAUGUUGAACAUCAUGGAGGAGUACGACUGGUACAUCUUCUCCAUCGUCACCUCGUACUACCCCGGUUACGAGGACUUCGUCAACAAGGUCCGCAGCACCAUCGAGAACAGCUUCGUGGGCUGGGAGCUGGAGGAAGUCCUGCUACUCGACAUGUCCGUGGACGACGGCGACUCCAAGAUCCAGAACCAGCUGAAGAAGCUGCAGAGUCCCGUCAUCCUUCUCUACUGCACCAAAGAGGAGGCCAGCACCAUCUUCGAGGUGGCCCGCUCCGUCGGCCUCACGGGUUACGGCUUCACCUGGAUCGUGCCCUCGCUCGUGGCUGGGGAUGCGGACCAUGUUCCUUCUGUCUUCCCUCCAGGGCUUAUCUCUGUGUCAUAUGACGAAUGGGACUACAACAUCGAGGCCAGGGUACGUGACGCAGUGGCUGUCAUCGCCACGGCAACCUCCACCAUGAUGUUGGACCGGGGGCCACACACGCUGCUGAAGUCCAGCUGCCUCGGGACGCCCGACAAAAAAGGCUCCAGCGUCGGCUACUCCAAGGAAAUCUUGAAGUACGUCAUGAAUGUGACAUUUGAGGGUCGAAACCUGUCAUUUAGUGAAAAAGGCCACCAGAUGUUCCCCAAGCUGGUCAUCGUACUCCUGGACAAAGACAGACAAUGGGACCGGGUCGGCAAGUGGGAGAGAGGCUCUUUGACGAUGAGGUACCACGUGUGGCCUCGCUUUGAGCUGUUCUCUGCCGAGGAGGAGCGGGAGGACCACCUGUCCAUCGUCACGCUGGAGGAGGCGCCGUUUGUCAUCGUGGAGGACGUGGACCCGCUCAGCGGGACCUGCAUGAGGAACACCGUUCCCUGCCGCAAGCAGCUGAAACUCAGCAAUCAAACGGGGGAUUCGGGGAUUUACAUCAAGCGCUGCUGCAAAGGUUUCUGUAUCGACAUCCUGAAGAAGAUCGCCAAGAACGUGAAGUUCACAUACGACCUCUACCUGGUCACCAACGGCAAACACGGCAAGAAGGUGAACGGGACGUGGAACGGCAUGGUGGGAGAGGUGGUGUUCAAAAAAGCCCAAAUGGCAGUGGGUUCACUCACCAUCAAUGAAGAGAGAUCGGAGGUCAUCGACUUCUCCGUGCCCUUCAUCGAGACGGGCAUCAGUGUCAUGGUCUCCCGUAGCAACGGCACCGUCUCUCCCUCCGCCUUUCUCGAGCCCUUCAGCGCUGAUGUCUGGAUCAUGAUGUUUGUGAUGCUGCUGUUGGUGUCAGCUGUGGCUGUGUUCGUGUUCGAGUUCUUCAGCCCCGUGGGUUAUAAUCGCUGUCUGGUAGACGGCCGAGAGCCCGGCGGACCCUCGUUCACCAUCGGGAAGGCGAUCUGGCUGCUGUGGGGUCUGGUUUUCAACAACUCCGUCCCGGUGCAGAACCCCAAGGGCACCACCAGUAAGAUCAUGGUGUCGGUGUGGGCCUUCUUCGCCGUCAUCUUCCUGGCCUCCUACACGGCCAACCUGGCCGCCUUCAUGAUCCAGGAGGAGUACGUGGACCAGGUGUCGGGCCUGUCAGACAAAAAGUUUCAGAAACCUAACGAGUUCUCCCCGCCGUUCCGGUUCGGCACCGUCCCCAACGGCAGCACCGAGCGCAACAUCCGCAACAACUACAGGGACAUGCACGCCUACAUGACCAGCUUCCACCAGAAGAACGUCGACGAAGCCUUGUACAGUCUGAAGCACGGCAAAUUAGACGCCUUCAUCUACGACGCCGCCGUCCUGAACUACAUGGCCGGCCGAGACGAGGGCUGCAAGCUGGUAACCAUCGGCAGCGGCAAGGUGUUUGCUACUACCGGCUACGGCAUCGCCAUCCAGAAAGACUCGGGCUGGAAGCGAGCGGUGGACCUGGCCAUCCUGAUGCUGUUUGGAGACGGUGAGAUGGAGGAGCUGGAGGCGCUGUGGCUGACGGGCAUCUGCCACAACGAGAAGAACGAGGUGAUGAGCAGCCAGCUGGACGUGGACAACAUCGCCGGGGUGUUCUACAUGCUCGGCGCCGCCAUGGUGCUGUCGCUGCUCACCUUCAUCUGCGAGCACUGGUUCUACUGGCAGCUGCGCUUCUGCUUCAUGGGCGUGUGCUCGGGGACGCCGGGGGCCACGUUCACCAUCAGCAGAGGCAUCUGGAGCUGCAUCCACGGGGUCCAAAUAGAGGAAAACAAGUCAACGCUGGACUCGCCGUCGUCCACCAUAAAGAAGAACAUGAACAACACCCACUCCAACAUCCUGCGGUUGCUCCGCACCGCCAAGGACAUGACGGCCGUGCCGGGCGUCAACGGCUCCCCGCACGCGGCCUUGGAGUACAGCCACGGCGGCGGCGGCGGCGGCCGGGAGCCGGCCAUCUACGACAUCCAGGAGCACCGGCGCAGCCUGGUGGGCCACCCGGCAGACUGCAAGCCCGCACCGCCCUACCUGCCGGAGGACAACAUGUUCAGUGACUACAUCAGCGAGGUGGAAAGGACUUUUGGCAACAUGCCCCUGAAGGACAGCAACCUGUACCAGGACCAUUACCGGCACCACCACCCGGCCUCGGCUCUGGGUAUGUCCGGCCCCCCGCCCAACCGGCCACGCAGCCUGGGCAGCGCCAGCUCGCUGGAGGGCGGCAUGUUCGAUUGCGAUAGUCUAGGGGGAGGGGUGGCGCCCAUCUUCACCACGCAGCCUCGGCCCUCCAUGACUCACAGGAACACGAGUAAAUUCGACCUGAUCGCCGGCCACACCCUCGCCGACUCCAGCCAAGGCGGCGGGUUCAAGGGCAACAACGUGUACGGCAGGUUCUCGUUCAAAGGAGGCGCCUCCAGCACGGGACUCAUCGGGGGCCAGGACAGGUACUGUGGCGGGGCGGGCUCGGGGGGCGACGACGGAAACAUCCGCUCCGACGUGUCGGACAUCUCCACGCACACCGUCACCUACGGCAACCUGGAGGGCAACGCCAAGAGGCGCAAGCAGUUCAGGGACAGCCUGAAGAAGCGGCCGGCGUCGGCCAAGUGCCGGCGGGAGCACGACGACGUGGAGCUGAGCGCCUUCAGGAGGAGGCCCCACCACCACACCGUCCACCACCACUUCCCCUACGGACCGCUGGCGCACCGCCCGGCCUCGCCCUCCCUGGAGCGGAAGAGGGGCGGCGGAGCGGGUAAUUCCUCCCCUUACUUGUUCCGCAAAGAGAAAGACAACCUGAGGGAUUUCUACGCGGAGCAGCUCCGCUCCAAGGAGGGCAAGGCGGUGUGGGAGCAGGAGGGCGGCGGUGGAGGAAGCGGUGUGGGCGGCGGUGGCGGCGGCGGUAUCUGUAAGAGCUUAGUGCCCGUGGAAGACUUCCUGAAGGGGAAAGGGAAGAAGCAGGAGGGUAAAGGCGGGGUGGGCGGCAUAGCGGGCGGGGACUGGGAGUGCCGUAACUGCCACAGCGUGUGCCACCACGGCGGCGGCGUGGGAGGAGGCGGGGGCGGCGGCAGCCGGCCCAGCUCCGCCUCCUGCAAACGCUGCGACUCCUGCAAGAUGCAGCCGAGCAACCUGUACAACAUCAGCGAGGACAGCGGCCACGUGGCGUUGGGCGGCGGCGGGAAGGGCGGUGGCGCGGGGGGCGCCCCGACGCAGACUCAGGGUCAGCGCAGGAAGAAGGUGCUCCGGAGGCAGCACUCCUACGACACCUUCGUGGACCUGCAGAGGGAGGGGGCGGGCCGCGUGGGCGGGGCCGGCGGCGCAGGGGGGCAGGUCCCGAAGCCCCGGAGCGUGAGCCUGAAAGAGAAGGACCGCUUCAUGGAGGGCCCCAGCCCCUACGCCCACAUGUUCGAGCGCUACUCGGUCGACAGGGAGUCCCCCAUGUUCGGGGGGCCGGGCGGCGAUAGAGGAUCCUCCUUCAGCCUGUACCGCGGGGGCGAGGGCGGGGUGCACCGGCGCUCGGUGGGGGAGCGGGACCUUAGGGACAGAGAUAGAGCGAUGGUAGGAGGCGGCGGUGGUGGUGGUGGUGGUGGUGGCGGCAGCAGAGGGGCCGGGACUUACUCCUUGUCUAAAUCUCUCUACCCAGAUAAGGUGAACCAGAACCCCUUCAUCCCGACCUUCGGGGACGACCAGUGUCUCUUACACGGGGGCAAACCGUACUACGUCAAAAAGCCCCAGACGCAGCAGCUUCUCAACAACAGCCGGGGAGGCGGAAGCGGAGGAGGAGGAGGAGGAGGAGGAGGAGGGGAUUUCCGCAGCUCCAUGGGAGUCACUGCCUAUUUACCCGCGUCCGCCACAGCUGGGGUGAUGUCCAAUGUGGCCACCAGGUACCCCAAAGAAAUGUGUCUGGGCGGAGCCAACCACCGGGAGACGCUGGGCCUGGGGCCGGGCCACAGACCCUUCAACGGCGCCAGCAACGGACACGUGUACGAGAAGCUCUCCAGCAUCGAGUCGGACGUCUGA